CAUAAAUGUGAAAAUCUCAAUAAUGACAAGAAUUCCAAUAUCCACCCCCCUACUCAAACCUCACACAAAAUCAAUUAUUUCAAAAUUACCAAUCUCCAUAAAGUAGUACAUAAAACAAGCAAAUUUUUUUCCCCCUAAAAAAAACACCCAAAAAAAAAAAUUAUCUCAAAAAAAAGAAAAAGUGAAGAGUUUUAGAGGAGAGAUAAGAAAAAGGAGGAUCACUGUCAAGUCCAAAAAGUAGUAAUAAGGGAGGCGUCUGCAGGUGCUCAGACUUCUCUCUCUCCUGCAAAAAAAAUACAGCUGCUCCUGUCAACACCCAAAACAACAGAAAGCGACCCUUCUCUCUUUCUCUCUCAUUAUCACCUAAAAUAUGGAGGAAAGAGAAAAUUUGAUCAAAAACUAAAACCCAAAAAAACUACUCCUAAUUUAUUGCAAAAUUUUUACUAGUAGUUUAUAGUAGUAGCUCCCCUAUAUACUACAAAUUACAGGUGGUCCUUUAAAAACCCAGAAUUUUUGCAGAGCUAAAAACUAGUCCUUUUCUUCUCUACACUAAUGUCACACUGCAUUACAUAAUUUCUGUCCUUCUCUUUCUAUCUCUAGAAUUGAAUUUAAUUGAGGAGGAGAAAAUGCAAUGCACAUUGUGUUGAGUUUUUAUUCUCAAGAAAGAAAGGGUGCACCUUUCAAUUUUUUUUAGGAGAGAGAAAAUUGAUUAAAAGGGCAAGUUGAUCGUGAUUUUUAUUCACUCUGCUCAGUUUUUGUAUGAAAUUUCAGUUUGUGGGUCUUCUUCUUCUUCUACAAUUUUGACUCUUUUUUUUCCCCUGCUUCAUUUCACUUCACUUCUUCAACAGUGCUUUUUAAUGUUGAAAACCCAGAAAAAAAGUGAAGUGUUUUUUGGGUAGAAGUUUUUUUUUUCUUCAUUUAAGCCUGGAAUUUGGAUUUUAAUUUGUGGGUUUUACUGGGUUUGUUAAAAAGCUUAAAAAAAUUGAGGUGGGUUUUUUGAAAAACUCAAAAAUGGAGGUGGGUUUUUUCUCUGGAUUCCAACAAUGGCGGCAUUCUCUUGUUACUUUGGUUAUUCUUACUUCUGUUCUGUUAUCUAGCUUGGGUUCUGUGGACUCUGACGAUGGAGUAACACUGUUGGAGAUUAAGAAGUCAAUUAGGGAUGUAGAUAAUGUCUUAUAUGACUGGUCAGAUUCACCAUCAGCAGAUUAUUGUGUAUGGAGAGGGGUCACUUGUGACAAUGCCACCUUCAAUAUCGUCGCUUUGAAUCUUUCAGGGCUAAAUCUUGAUGGAGAAAUUUCAUCUUCCAUUGGAGAUCUCAAAAGCUUACUAUCAAUUGAUCUUAGUCGAAACAGGCUCUCAGGCCAGAUACCCGAUGAGAUUGGAGACUGUUCUCCUCUGAAGAGCUUGGACUUGUCGUUCAAUGAACUUUACGGGGACAUACCAUUUUCAAUAUCGAAGUUGAAACAAUUGGAAGCUCUGAUCUUGAAGAAUAAUCAAUUGACUGGCCCAAUCCCAUCCACCCUCUCUCAGAUUCCAAAUUUGAAAAUAUUAGAUCUUGCACAGAACUCUCUAACAGGGGACAUCCCAAGGCUUAUAUACUGGAAUGAGGUUUUGCAAUAUCUUGGGCUUCGGGGAAACAAUUUGGGUGGGACACUCUCACCUGAUAUGUGCCAGCUGACUGGCUUGUGGUAUUUUGAUGUUAGAAACAACAGUCUGACUGGAACUAUACCUGAGAGUAUAGGCAACUGCACUGCCUUCCAAGUAUUGGACCUGUCGUACAAUCAACUCACUGGGGAGAUCCCAUUCAACAUAGGAUUUUUGCAAGUUGCAACCUUGUCAUUGCAAGGAAAUCAACUUUCAGGGGAGAUUCCUUCUGUUAUUGGCUUGAUGCAGGCACUUGCAGUGCUGGAUUUAAGCUUCAAUCAGUUGACUGGUACAAUCCCUCCAAUAUUGGGGAAUUUGAGCUAUACUGAGAAGCUAUAUUUGCACGGUAACAAGUUGACUGGCUCAAUUCCUCCGGAGCUUGGGAACAUGACAAAACUCCAUUACUUGGAACUAAAUGACAACCAUCUCACUGGACAUAUUCCGCCAGAGCUUGGGAAGCUUACGGACUUGUUUGACCUAAAUAUUGCAAACAACAAUCUUGAAGGCCCCAUACCAGGCAAUCUCAGUUCGUGUGCUAAUCUCAAUAGCAUUAAUGUGCAUGGCAACAAGUUGAAUGGAACCAUCCCAGCUGCCUUUGAAAGCCUGGAGAGUAUGACAUACUUGAAUUUGUCAGCCAACCAAUUAAGAGGUUCUAUUCCACUUGAAAUUUCUCGAAUGGGAAAUCUUGAUACGCUAGACCUUUCUGACAACCAUAUCAGUGGAUCUAUUCCGUCACCUCUUGGAGACUUGGAACAUCUUCUUAAGCUGAACUUGAGCAGAAACCAUAUAGGUGGAUUAAUACCAACUGAGUUUGGCAACCUCAGGAGUAUUGUGGAAAUAGAUCUGUCUAGUAAUCAGCUUGUUGGUCCAAUCCCACAAGAGCUGGGUCAACUGCAGAAUUUGUUCUCCCUGAGAUUGGAAUACAACAAUUUGUCUGGAGAUGUGUUGACGCUGAUGAAUUGUCUCAGCCUUGCCACGCUAAAUGUGUCAUAUAAUGACUUGGUGGGUGAUAUUCCUACAAGUAACAAUUUUUCAAGAUUUUCGCCAAACAGCUUUAUCGGGAAUUCUAAUCUAUGUGGAUAUUGGCGUGGUUCAGCAUGUCAUGAUGCGCCUCCCACUGACAGAGUUUUCAUAUCCAAGGCAGCCAUUUUAGGGAUCGCUUUGGGAGCACUUGUGAUUCUUCUUUUGAUAUUAGCUGCAGCUUGCCGUCCUCAUAAACCAGCUCCAUUUUUUGAAGGUUCCUUGGAAAAACCAGCAGUGGUUAGUUAUUCAUCACCAAAGCUCGUGAUCCUUCAUAUGAACAUGGCACUACAUGUGUAUGAUGACAUCAUGAGGAUGACCGAGAACCUGAGUGAGAAGUACAUCAUUGGUUGUGGAGCCUCCAGUACUGUUUACAAGUGUGUGCUGAAGAACUGCAAACCUGUGGCAAUUAAAAAGCUUUAUUCUCAUUACCCUCAAUCUUUAAAAGAAUUUGAGACAGAACUUGAGACAGUUGGAAGUAUCAAGCACCGGAAUCUUGUUAGCCUGCAGGGAUACUCCCUCUCUCCAUCUGGAAACCUACUUUUCUAUGAUUAUAUGGAGAAUGGUAGCCUCUGGGAUCUACUUCAUGGGCAUGCAAAGAAGAAAAAGCUGGACUGGGAAACUCGUCUUAGAAUUGCAUUAGGAGCAGCUCAGGGUCUUGCAUAUCUUCACCAUGAUUGCAGUCCUCGUAUAAUCCACAGGGAUGUUAAGUCAUCUAACAUCUUACUUGACAAGGACUUCGAACCUCAUCUUACCGAUUUUGGCAUCGCAAAAAGCGUGUGUGCCUCAAAGUCCCACACGUCAACCUAUGUAAUGGGGACCAUUGGUUACAUAGACCCUGAGUAUGCUCGCACUUCACGGCUUACUGAGAAAUCUGAUGUUUACAGCUAUGGGGUUGUUCUGCUUGAGUUACUGACUGGAAGAAAAGCUGUGGACGAUGAGUCAAAUCUCCAUCAUCUGAUUUUGUCCAAGGCGACAAAUAAUGCAGUAAUGGAAACUGUUGAUCCAGAGAUCACAGCCACCUGUAAGGAUCUCGGAAAUGUUAAAAAAGUCUUCCAACUCGCACUUCUUUGCACUAAGAAGCAGCCCGGUGAUCGACCCACAAUGCAUGAAGUUACCCGUGUUCUCACUAGCCUCAUUCCUGAAACGCCUGUAAAACAAGUUGCUCUUACCCCAUUACCGCCACUCCCACCUUCUCACAUGCCAUCGUACAUGAACGAGUAUGCCAAUCUCAAGUCUCCUCACAUGGUUAACUGCCCUACAAUGAGCACAUCAGAUGCCCAGCUGUUCCUCAAGUUUGGUGAAGUAAUAUCCCAGAACAGUGACUAAUUAAUAUAUAUGGAGAAGUAAUUAAUCUUUAGAGCAUAAAAACGAUGAAAUGUGUAUAUUUUGGUACCAAUCAUUGCAAGUUAGGAAAUAUUGAAGUGAUAGUACCUAGUAGGGUGAUGUCUAAUUUAUCAAAAAAAAUUCACCAAGAGGUGUAAAAGGCUGUAAAAAAAGAAACAUUUUAGAGUCAGGGAUACCAACUGAUGGUAGUUUUUGUAGUACUCCUUAGUAUCAAAUUGAAUAUAUGUGGGGUCUCUUAUCUGCUAA